AUGAGCAACAUAAAAGGUGUAGAAUAAUAAACCAAGUCUAAAUAUCAUGAACCACAUGUCGAGAAUGUAUUAGUUGGUUUGAGAUUAAGACCCACAGAUUCCAAUGAGAAAAUAUGUAAUAUUGUCAACGAGAAAUCUGUCAUAGUUAAAAAAUCUAAUGAGCGCUUUUCAUUUGAUAAUGUUAAAUUAUCCAAAUAAAAAUAGGUUUUCGAUGAAUCUGCAUCCUCUAAGGAUAUCUUCACUAAAAUGGUCUAGCCAAUUGUACAGAAAUGUCUUUUAGGAUAUAAUGGCUCCAUCUGUGCAUAUGGGUAGACAAGUUCAGGAAAAACUUAUACAAUGAAAGGUAGCAACAAGGAACCAGGACUUAUUCAGUUAUCAAUUGAUUAUCUACUCCAAUCCAUCAAUAAAAUUACAGAUACAUUUUGCACCUUAAAGAUAUCGUACAUUGAGAUUUACAAUGAAAAUAUCUACGAUCUUUUGAUCAAAGAUCUGUAAGAAAUGAAACCCAACACAUCAAAUGAAUACAAAUGGGAAACCAUCAAUUCUUUAAAUUAAUUCGAAGACAUUUUUAAAUUGGGUGAAGAAUAAAGACAUUUUGGAGAAACUAAGAUGAACGACAAUUCUUCUAGAUCACAUGUCAUAUUGUAGAUUGCCAUAGAGACAAGACAGAAGUGUCCUCCAUUUAUCAUUCGUAAUUCACAUCUACAUCUGGUCGAUUUGGCAGGUUCUGAAGGAUUAUCAAAGACUCAGGCUGAAGGUUUGAGAAGAAAGGAAGGAUUUCUAAUUAAUAAAAGUUUAUUAGCACUUUAAAAUGUUGUUUCCAAACUCAAGGAAAAUAAAAAGGACUAAUUUGUUAAUUUUAGAGACUCAAAAUUAACUAAGAUACUUAAACCUAGUUUGAAUGGUAAUUCAUUAACUGUGAUGCUCUUAACUAUCAGUUAGCACAAUGAAAAUUACUUAGAAUCUGUUAAUACCAUGAGAUUUGGGAUGUCAGCUGGUGCUCUGAAAAAUACGGUCAACAUCAAUGAAAUUUAAGAAUCUAAUAAUUUUUAAAAUGAGGCCUACAAUGAAAUGAUCGAGCAAGUCGAAACCUACCAAGCUUAAUUAUAAGAAGCCCAAUAAUAAUUAGACUUUUAUAAGAAUUAAAGUUUGGAUGAAUAAAAUACAAUCAAAUAAAUAAAGGAAUUAGUCAUAGAAAAAAAUAUCUUAAUUGAAGAUCAAUUGAAAACAAUUACCGAACUAAAUAUAGAUAAGUAGCGACUUUAAGAUUAAAUUAACCAAUUGUAAAGAUGCAAUUAGGAAUUAAUUGCUACAUCAAAUGAAAAUUCAAAUUAUUUAAAUUACUUUAGAAAUAUUGUAGAAACCAAAGGAGUCUUGAAUCCAAAACUAAUGGUUGAAUGCAUAACUUAGACUGACAGUUGUGAGGCUGAUCAACAAAUUAAAGUGUUAGAAUAGGAAAAUAUUUCAUUGAAACAAUAGAUUAGUGAGAUGAAAAACAAAUUCUCAUACGAGAUAUAAGAUGUUAAGGAAAUGGUUUCAGGGAUUAAAAAAAAUAAGGAAUUUACACCAGCAAAGAAAUUAAAAUUUUAAUCAAAUAAAGAUUUGGAUUUAUAGAAUGAUAAUCAAAAAGAAACAAAAACAUGGCUAUAAAAAAGUCUCUAAAAAACAAAUCAAUAUUUGGAAACUCUAACUCUUCUAACUACACUCUAAACUCAAUUGAUUGAAUAAACUAAAUAGAAUAUGAUAUUACGUAACUUUUUGGAUAAAAAAGAACAAGAAUACACUGAAUUAGAGAGAGCCAAUUUUUUCCUUCACAAAUCUAUAUUUGAUUUAUAGGAAAAGUUAAGUGACUUCCAAAAUGAUGAAAAAAAAGAAAAUGUAUGGAAAAUGAAUUCUGAAAAAUCGAACAAAUAAGAGUCUCUAAUCAAGAAAAGAUAGAGACUCUAUUAGAGUCCAACAAAGGAUGAAUUAAAAAGGAAUCUAUUUAGAUAGGAAUAAAGGAAUUAGAUAUAUGAAAAAGAAUUAAAUAAGUACAUGAAGAAUUUGGAUUAAAUAUCAAAAUAAAAAUAAGAAUUAUAAUAGUUUUCACAUCAUUUAUAUAUGGCUUGCAUAGAGAACAAUAUUUAAAUAUGA